UGAUGGAACAAAAUAAAGCAACUAGGAACUCACCGACAUUCACAUCCUCUCCAAGUGACGAGAAGUGCAGUUUAACAAGAGUGCACAGGCAAAGAUGUUCAGGAGCUUGCUGUUUGCAGUGUGUUGUGGUGCAGCACUGGCCCAUUUUAACUCCAAUCUAGACCAGCACUGGGAGAUGUGGAAGAAGACUCAUGGCAAGUUUUACUCCAGUGAGGUUGUGGAACUGGGCAGGAGGGAGUUGUGGGAGAGAAAUGUUCAACUUAUUACACUCCACAACCUGGAGGCCUCCAUGGGCAUGCAUACCUAUGAUUUGGGCAUGAAUCAAAUGGGUGACAUGACGACAGAAGAAAUCCUGCGAACAUUUGCUGUAACCCGUAUCCCACCUGGCCUAAAGAGGCAAAAGGCGAAUAUCGUAGGCUCUUCUGGGGAUCCUCUCCCUGACUCUCUGGACUGGAGAGAUAAGGGCUAUGUUACCAGUGUGAAGAUGCAGGGUGCUUGUGGUUCCUGUUGGGCAUUUAGUUCUGUUGGGGCUCUUGAAGGACUGCUAAAGAAGACCACAGGAAAGCUGGUGGACCUCAGUCCUCAAAACCUGGUGGACUGUUCCUCCAAAUAUGGCAACAAGGGCUGCAAUGGUGGAUUUAUGAGCUCUGCCUUCCAGUAUGUCAUUGAUAAUGGGGGAAUAGACCCAGAGUCCUCUUACCCUUAUGAAGGAGUGCAAGGGCAGUGCAGAUACAAUCCAACCCAGAACGCAGCAAACUGCACCAAGUACUAUUUUGUCCGUCAGGGAGAUGAGGAGGCCCUAAAGCAGGCUCUGUUUAAUGUCGGACCCAUUUCAGUGGCUAUUGAUGCCACCCGCCCUCAGUUUAUCCUGUACCGCAGUGGAGUUUACAAUGACCCAACCUGCACCAAAAACGUGAACCAUGCAGUGCUUACUGUGGGAUAUGGUACAAUGGAUGGACAGGACUAUUGGCUGGUCAAAAACAGCUGGGGCACCUACUUUGGAGAUGGUGGCUAUGUCCGUAUAGCCCGAAAUCACAACAACAUGUGUGGAAUUGCUUCGUAUGCCUGCUAUCCAGAUGUGUAACUGAAACCCUGUUGAAACAGACUGUUGAACUUGUCAAAAGAUAAUUAUAUUUGUAUAAUCUUUUUUUCUAGCUUAUUGUUCUAAAUCAAAAUUAUUUUUAAAUUUCAGAUGUAUUUUUAAAUAUCUUACUAAAUAAAUAUUCUAUUUUAGAACUGUUUCUAUUGCUUGUUCUAGAUCUUUAAAGGAAAUAGGCUUUCACACUUUUAAGUUUACAAAUGACUUGGGGGUUUUAUUCAGUGCAACAUCACAACAAACAGUUUCACAUGAGGUAUUAAAGGAGAUAUAUGUAUAUAUAUUUUAUUAAUUAUUUUCAAAAUCAGCACACAGUUGUGAUUGACAUUUAAGAUUGCUGUGAUUUUUACACCUUUGGUUGAUUAGCCACAUGUUUAAGGUAACGCAAGGGGACAAUGGCAUAAAAUGACAGCUGUUCACACCAGCAGAAAGGGAUUUUAGAUGAGUGACAACUUUAAAAAAAAAAAAUAAAAAAAGACUUUCUACCUUAAAGUCUGCUUAUCUAAAUCAGUAGAUCUCCAGACACCAAAAUGUAUAAACUAUGUCAGAGUGCCCUGGCUCUCCAGGGGAGAAUUAUGUUGGCCUAUUUUUUUAUUUUAUUUUUGUUCCAACAACCAAUUUGUUCAGGUUUUCUCAUUUUAUUUUCCUAUUGGAUGGUUCAUAUGACAGUGUUAGAGAAUCACUGCACCAUAUUUGUAGACCGUUUCAGACAUAUUUAACAUUUUGGUCUCAAUCCUCUCCUCUUUUCUA